UGGGGGUGGUGAGGAUUCGUCGCGCGCUGCCUCCAGGGGCUUCCGGCUGCUUCAGCGGGACCCGAGCGAGGGAGGGGCGGGGACAGGGGGCAUCCGGGGGCGCGUGGAGUGACUGCAGACCCCUCCUCAUCGUACCCCAUCUCAUCCAGCCCGCGCCCCGCAGCCCACCUGGGGUCAGGGACAUCAGGAGGCAGCCGAGGCCGAGAUGCCUGGACAGAGACCCAGGAAGGGCCCCCAGGCCCGAGGCCAGGGGGUGGCGGCGGCCAAGCAGCUGGGGCUCUUUGUGGAGUUCAGUCCAGAAGACAUGUUGUUGGAGGCCCAGGGCAGCGGGGAGGAUGACGGAGACCUGGAGGCAGAGCUGCUAGCCCUCACGGGCGACACCAGAGCCCCAGGGAAUCAAGCCGGGCCCAAGGGAAAAGCUCCCCUGCCCAUGGCCCAAAUCGAGAAGCUGGCUGCGGAGUGCAUGCGGGACGUGGGAGACGAGGCGGAAGAUGAGGAAGAUGAAGAGCUUGAGGCAGAUACAGACCUGCUGGCAGAGCUGCAGGAGGUCCUGGGAGAAGAGGAAGGUGAAGAGGAUGGUGGGCUCAGCAGCCCCGAGGAGGAGGCCACUUUGGCAGCCCCCAUGCAGCUUCCUGCCCCAGCAGCACUUGAGGUGCUGGGGCCAUCACCCUCCCAGGUAGCGUCCACAACAGGUGGGCUGCAAGGGCUGCUGGAGGAGCGGAUUGCCAACUACCAGGCAGCGGCUGCCAGUGCCAAGGAGGCUGGGGAUGGGGCCAAAGCCCGGCGGUGUGAGCGAGGCCUGAAGACUCUGCAGACCCAGCUAGUGGCUGUGAAGAAGGGCAGGAAGAUCAAUGAGGAGGAGAUCCCACCUCCUGUGGCCUGUGGGAAGAGGCCAGAGCUGCCUCCCCCUGCAGAAAACAAAGGCUGUGGGGAAGCCCUGGCUUCUCCAGGCCCCCCGGCUACACUGGACCCCCCAGCUUCUCCAGGCCCCCCGGCUACCCUGGACCCCCCAGCUUUUCCAGGCCCCCCGGCUACCCUGGACACCCCAACCACACUGGGGCCCCCAGCUACCACAGACUCCCCAGAAGCAAAUGCCACAGAGCCAGACCCUCGGAUGCUGCUGCUGAGCCGGCAGAAGGAAUACAAAGUGGCCGCCUUGAAAGCCAAGCAGGAGGGAGACCUGGAGCAGGCCCGGGAGUACAUGAGGAUUGGCAAGAAAUUUGGUGCUGUGCUGGAGGCCUUAGAGAGCGGGCAGCCUGUGGACCUCAGUGGCAUGCCUCCUGCCCCUGCAGACCUCAAGGCUCCACAGAAGGCCCGGCUGGCCCCACGCCCUGGCCCCCUGGAGCACUCGAAGCCCGUGAUGUCGGCCCCUACCCCAGCCCCAGCGCCCCCUCCCCAGCCCCAGACGGUGCUGGAGGCCUUGGGCCAGAGGCUGGGCAAGUACCAAGAAGCUGCAGCCCAGGCCAAGAGCAGCGGAGAUGAGCGGAAGGCCCGCAUGCAUGAGCGCAUUGCCAAGCAAUAUCAGGAGGCCAUGCGGGCUCACAAAGCCGGGCGGAAAGUGAACUUGGCCGAACUUCCUGUCCCCCCAGGCUUCCCUCCUAUCCCUGGCUUGGAGCCCCCCUCGGGCCCUGAGGAAAACCCGCUGGCAGCAGCCUUGAAAGCAGCUCAGCUCCUGGGGGGCCCUGAAGAGAAGGAAGAGGAUGAAGAUGAGGACGAGGAAGGGCCCCUGCCCCAGGCUCCAGUGGCCAAGAAGCCGGCUCCACGGCCCAGCCAAGCUCCCCAGGCCACCAGACCCUCGGCUGCGUCAUCCCCUGAGCCCAAGGGUUCUACCUCCCAGGAGGCCUUGUCCCCAGCAGCCCAGGAACAGCUGGCCUUGCUGGAGAGCCGGAGACUGCAGUGCCAACGAGCCGCCUUACAAGCCAAGCGGGCCAAAGACCUGGAGCAAGCCAAAGCCCACCUGCGGGCUGCAAAAGCCCUGGAUGUGCAGAUCGCCCUGGUGCGCAGCGGCAGGACCAAGGUAUCUUCCCCUCUGACCGACGAGGAUGGUGGCUUCGUUUUCAUUCGGCACGAGGAUGUGGGGCUCUCCCAGAAGGCCGAGGAGGUGUACGCCCAGCUCCACAAGAUCCUGCAGGAGCAGCAGGAGAAGUGCCUGCUGUUUUCCAAGCAAUUCAUGCACCAGGGCAACGUGGCAGAAACCACCCGGUUCGAGAAGCUGGCCCAGGACCGCAAGAAGCAGCUGGAGAUCCUGCAGCUGGCGCAGGCACAGGGCCUGGACCCUCCCGGCCACCGCUUCGAGGAGAAGACCUUUCAGACCGUGAGGAUCUUCUCAGAGCUCAGCAGCACCGAGAUGCACCUUCUCAUCGUGAGGGGCAUGAACCUCCCAGCCCCCCCAGGCGUGACUCCGGAUGACCUGGAUGCCUUCGUACGAUUUGAGUUCCCCUAUCCCAGCUCGGACCAGGCCCAGAAGAGUAAAACGUCCGUAGUGAAGAACACCAACUCUCCAGAGUUUGACCAGCUCUUCAAGCUGAGCAUCAACCGCAACCACCGGAGCUUCCGCAGGCUGGUCCAGAACAAGGGCGUCAAGUUUGAGGUUUUUCACAAGGGAUCCUUCUUCAGAAGCGACAAGCAGGUUGGGACGGCCCAUCUGAAGCUCGAGCGGCUGGAGACCCAGUGUGAAGUCAGGGAGAUCCUGGAGGUUGUGGAUGGCAGAAAGCCAACUGGGGGGAAAUUGGAGGUGAAGGUGAGGCUCAGGGAGCCGCUGAGUGGGCAGGACACGCAGAUGGUUACCGAGAACUGGCUGGUCCUGGAACCCAGGGGCCUCUGAGCUCCACCCCAACCAGAAGCUUUGGACACAGAAGAUGCUGCUACCCCGAGCACCAAAGACUUGUUAAGCAAAUGCACUACUGACCACGCUACAUGCCCCACGAGCUGAGGUGCUGCCUCGGUGCUGUGAGGCAUGAGCCGUGGCGGCCGGCAAACCCUCUGCCUUCAGCACCCGGCGCUGAGCCCCACCAGCCUCCUCCCCCGUCCCUGCCACCCCUCUGCUGACUUUGCCCAGGCUGGGCUGCGCCCGCCAGCCCUCAGCUCUUCUGACCUGGCGGAAGGCGAGGAGGCCUGGCCAGCCUGGGGCCGGGGCUGGGCCCGUGCAGCCUCUCUCUGGAUGUGCCUUUAAAAGACAGACACGACUGGAUGCCUGGGGAGGUGAGCGGGACCUCGGGCCUCCCUCCCUGGGGGAGCGGCCGCCCGUCUUACCCAGCCCCUGCCCUGCUUUCCCACCUGGGUUCUGUGCCUUCUUCUCGGACAGUAACUUGCACUAGCUUUCCUACUUCCCAACAAGUUAAGGAGGGAAAAAGUGGCCUUGGGUACCUCGUGGGGGGAGGGGAGGGGAGGGAUGCUCUGUUCCCCAACCUGUCCACCUCCCUCCACUAAAAGACUGUUAACUGGAAACAAAA